GGUUAAAACAAAGCCUCCUCAGCGUGUGAGCGAAGAAGCUGCGGGAAAAAAAAAAUGGUUCAGCGUCUUGUAUACCGCUCGCGUCACAGCUACGCCACCAAAUCUAACCAGCACAGGAUCGUCAAAACCCCAGGUGGUAAGUUGACUUAUCAGACCACUAAGAAGCGUGCAAGUGGACCCAAAUGCCCCGUUACCGGCAAGCGUAUUCAGGGUAUCCCUCACUUGAGGCCUGCUGAAUACAAGAGAUCUAGAUUGUCUAGAAACAGGAGGACCGUGAACCGUGCCUAUGGUGGUGUUUUGUCUGCUUUGGCUGUUAGAGAAAGAAUCGUUCGUGCUUUCCUUGUGGAGGAGCAGAAGAUUGUGAAGAAGGUGUUGAAGCUUCAAAAGGCUAAGGAAAAGGUUGCUCCCAGGAGCUAGAUGAUUCAUAUUAGCUUCUUUUGGAAAAAAAAAAUGUUUAAUGGAUCUGUUCUAGCAAUAGUACUGGUUGCAGACGUUGAGAGAAAUACUUUUUGUUAUCCGUUGAGUUUUGAUUCUGUCGACAUUUCUCAAAUAUUGCGUUUUGUUUUCUCUUUCACGUUUCUACUUUUA